AAUAAAAAUAAAAUGCGACGAAAGAUUUUUGCAAUAAUUUGAUUAAGUUCUCUAAAUAAAACAAGUUUUUAAAGAGAUAGCACAACUGCGCAAGCGUAUUGGCAACAAUUAGCCAAUCAUAAUUCCAGGACCCUCUGAUGUUGAGCAAAUCAAAAUGGCGGAAGACGACGAGAAAGAAACUAAAGAAAGUCAAUCGCAGAGAAAAAUGAAAGGUGAAAUACCUAAAUGGAGCGAAACUUGCAUUGGAUUUUGGAGUAAAGAUUAUAAAGAAAUACCUGGGAAAGAUCCUGAAGAAAAAAGAAGAUGUAGGGGAAUAAGUAUUCUGCGUUUGAACAAGUUUACUUCGUCAAAAAAAGUGAAAAACAUUCCUACAACUGGAAUCGAGAUUGUCAUAAAGGAGGGAGAUGAAGAGAAUAUUGACAAAAAGUCAAAUGAGUUCGAAAGUUCAUCAACAGUAAAAGGUAGAAAUGUAUCAAGAGAUAAUUCAGAAGCGGCCUCACCAAGACUUUUAAAUAAAAUUACUGAAAACUGGAGUAAAAGAUACCAUGAUAUGGAAGGAAGAAUAGUUCGAUAUUACCAUAAUCCUUAUGCUAGCAUGGAAAUCCUAGCUGAUAUUAAAAAAAGUAUGUCAAGUGGGUAUGGAAUGAUUGAAAGAAUUUUAUCUUAUUGUCAUCCUCAAGAGAAGGCUGUGCAGAUUUCCAAUUUUAUAAGUGACCAUUUCAAAAACAUUUCAAAAUGGUGGAAGGAGCAAUAACAAUAUUGUUGAGAUAAACUUACUGCUAAAAUACUGCUGUAUAUAACUACUGCUUGCACUGCUAAAAUAUUUUGUCUAGCCAAAAAGACAUCCUUAAUCAAAGAAGACCAUGUCAAUUAAAUGGCAAAAAAAUAUUGACAAACUGUUUCAAGAAUUUGCCUUGAAAAGUUUGGAAAGAAAUUAGGAUAUUCUUGUCAUAAAAUUUUGAGACUUUAUUCAUAGAUUUGACAAUCCAUUGUCAAUGAAAUGUUCGGAUUGAUCAAUCCACAACAUAGACUGCCAAUGAACAUUUGGCAAAAAGGCUUAUUAGAUGUAAAAGUGUAUGAUGAUAUUUGUCUACUUGUUUUUCUAUAUUGCCUGACAGUUCAUAAAUAAAUGUUCAUUGUAGACUA